AUGGUCUGUGCAGAUAACAGGAUCGCCACAGAGGACCCCCUAAUUUUGUGGCCCAAAUUCAGCCAGCCGCCAAAAAAGGGGGUUCUGGUGAACAAGCACUACGCUUUUGGUGAUAUCUUUCGGCUAGAUAGAAAUUCGGAGCCUCCGCUCACAAAAUUGUGCGGAAAGAAUGUUGAUCUGAGACCGCCAACAAGAAUCGGAUAUCUGCAGGAAAAUAAAGUUCUGACCGAGAGAAACACCGUACCUGCUGUUUCUUCUGCAAAACAGAAUGUGGCAGUGAAAAAGCAGUACCGCAUGACACGCAAGGAGAUAGGGUCACUGAUUGGGAAGAAAGGGAAGGAUAUUGAACGGCUCCGGGAACAGACGGCAGCGAAAAUCAAAAUACACGACGCAGCCGACACUGAGAACGUGGCUUUAGUUACAGGUGUUAACCAGCUGCAACUGCUCGAGAUCACGGGCCUCCGAGAAGAAGUGAAGGAGGCCGAGCAGCUGAUCCAAAGGAGAAUUUGUCAGUGGCGUGCUACCAAAAGUUGA